CGGGCAGGUUGAACGGAAGGAAAGCCGCAGGGGACAAAAGUGAUCCAUUGCGAGUGCGAAGGACGCAGAAGAGCGACAAGGAUUUAAUAUACAAACCAAGCAAGCUUGGCUGCGCAUGCGCUCUGGCACGCCGCUUCCUCUUUUCACGUGACCGAACCAGCCAAUCAAGGCCCGCAGCGGAGAAUUUCGAACGGGCGGGAAGGAGGGGAAACGACAACAUCGUCAACGGCUCGACGCAGCAGAAGAUAAGGACGACGUCGCUGAGGAACCCGGGAGAGCGGAGAUCCAAUAUGGUUAGAGAAAGAUGCUUGAAGAAGUCCUUUAAAGACACCUUGGAAGAUAUCAAGGAACGAAUGAAAGAGAAGAGAAAUAACAAAUGGGUAAAGUUGGGCAAAACAAGCCAAGUUUUAACUCUCAAGGCUAAAAUUACAGACAACUCUUCUGUGCAGCUUAAAAGCUUCCAAGAAAACAAUCGUGCAUUAGCUCUGGCUUUAGAAGUGGAGAAGGGCAAAGUGAAAGACGCACAAGAUAUUAUCCUACAUUUAAAAAGAGAAUAUCAGCAUCUGAAAUUUCAGGUGAUGGUCUUGCAAAGAAAGCUGGGGUUGCAACAAGAAAAAGAAUACAAUGAGUCUAAAUUACUGACUGUGAAGAAGAUAAUUUCUAAAGUUGUUCAAGAUUUACUCUGCGCAAGAAAUCAUCUUAGUCCUGCAAAUGAUCAGUAUACCACGGAUUUCAAUGAGCUUUUAUGUCCCCCAGUACUUGAAAAGCAUGAUUCCAGCAAUUUAAGAAACAAAGAUUAUAUGCCACUUCUAAGACGUGUACUUCCUGCAGAUGUAAGUAAACAAGACAAAACACAUGAAACCAAAAAUAAGAAUGCCUCAGAAGGUAGAAAUGCAUCUGUAACCAUGAUAUCACAGACAGAUACAGGUUGGCAAAAUAGUUCUUGUGAAUUCCACUUGGACUUUGAAGGACAAAUUGAUAAUUCCUUACCAAAAAAUGUAUCUACCCGUCGUCGCCAUCUGGGGAUUACAAACCAGAAUGAACUGCUUAUAUGUGUCGAUAACAAUACCAGAAUAACUGAGCAAAUAACAGAUCCUUGGCAGCAAGAUGAAACUGGAUUCGAGACAAGAGUAGAAGAAAAUAACGAACAAUGUGAAGAAACCUCUGUUUGCAAAGAGAAUACACAUGAGAUAAACUCUGAUCAAAAUCUGGAGCUGUCAGAUAUGCUGACUGAAACAAAUACAAUGGCAGCAGCCACAAAGCAAACUGAAUUUAAAAAUUCUGGAAAUGUUAAAACACAGAAGAGAAAACUGGAAACACUGAAAAAUGCAUCCAAAUCAAAAUCCAAGAAAAAGAGAAGCCACAAUGAAGAGCACUGUUCUAAAGAAAGAGCGGAUGCAUCACUUGGUUCCAGUGAUGCUUAUGACUUUAUGUGUGAGGAAAGUGUCCAUCUUACACCUUUCCGACAGAACAAAGAAAAUGAAAAUAAGGCUGAUGACAAAAAUCAUAUAGAAGACAAAACAGAGACAUGUAGUAGUGACUCAUUCCUUUCUGAAGAUGACUCUGAUGACAGCCUCUACCUACCUUGCAUCAAAAAAUCAAAACCUAGAAAGCAAUCAUGCUGUGAAGGUGUUGUGAGCCCAGUACACAGAAGACCACGAUUAAACAAGAUGAUGAGUGAGCAACAUGAUAAAAAUCCUGACAAGAAAAACAGCAGUGCUAAACAAGAUGAGAAUUGUUUGGACAAGAAAAAUGUGCCAGAUGAACCACCUUCAUCUCCUCAAGAACGUCUCCAUCUUGGCAAUAUUACCAAUCUUGCAUCUUCAUCAUCUAGUUAUACCAGAGCUUCUCACUCACUCCCCAGUGCUGAAGAAAAACCUAUUUCCAAUAAUAGACGUAGAUGUACUAUUUCUGUGAGCUACAAGGAACCAAGCAUCAGUAGGAAACUCAGAAGAGGAGACCCUUAUACAGACACCGAUUUUCUGAAUUCUCCAAUUUUUAAAGAGAAAAGGAUUAGGAAUAUUAAAAAGAAAUCACUGUCCAGAUACAAUGAGGCUUUUGUUGGUUAUCGCUAAGAUCAUUUCAAAGGACAAAACGUGUUACAAUGGUAAAGUAUAUUAGUGUUAAUAUCAAGCUUGAAAAAUGUAUUAUUUCUACAUAAUGAUAUUCAGAGUUACAGCUUGGUAACAAUUGUCUUGAUCGCCACCACAAAACACAUAGGCAGUUCAUGUCAUUCCAAGUUGUAUGUGAAGAGAUUUUGAGCAAUAAUGUAUUAAAUGGGCAAAUGUAAAAACUGUAUAUAACAGUGAUAUCAAACUUAUAGCUAUCAGAAUUCCUGGCGAUUGGAGAAAUUGGCUUCUGAGAGUUGAAGCUCCAAACAUCUGGAGGGCUGCAAGUUUAACACCUUUGGUAAUUUAACACCUUUUAGUAAUUACGCCAUGGAAUUUGAGGAAGUGUUUAUACAGAGUGCAGGAAUCAUUUUUUGCUUGUAAUUCAGGUUUUCUUAACCAAUUAGUAUGCGUAUUCAAAUAGAUAUUUUAACCUUUGCUUCAAAUGUAAUUGUUGAGCUUCUUAGUGGAGUAGAUUUUUAAUAACAUGUUUUUAAACUGAAAAUAAUUCUGCUUUGAUGUGUUGUCGAAGGCUUUCAAGGCUGGAAUCACAUAGUUGUGUGUUUUCCGGGCUGCAUAGCCAUGUUCCAGAAG